AUGGUCGGCCGUCUUUCGGCCGCCUUCGAGCAGGUGGAAAUUGGAGGAGCGAAAGCUGGCAAUGAGAAUCUGGAUGCUUGGAUCGACCAUGACACCACAAAAGAGCAUAAACCUCGCAAGAAGCCCUUUCCCUCAUCAGCAACCCUUAAAGAAGAACUGGAGGCUGAGUUUCUGACGCCACCCACAUCUUUCAGCGCUCAAUGGCUCAAUAAACUCCAACGGAGAUGGGAUGCCCCCACCAACUAUGCUGAUAUUUGUGAAUUUGCACCCACUCAGACCAGAACAAUUUUACGAUUCACAAGAGAAGGCCUGGAAGGAAGAGUCAUCGGUUACAAAGAAGUGACAGUACCAGCAAGCAGCGCCACCGCUAAGAACUCGACGUCUAUUCUAAGAAGGCCAGCGAACAGAGCAGACCUUGUACGUGGAGCAGCUGGUUUCUUCCCUUUCACACCCGGCGGCUUGGAUGGGAUCGAUGCCAUAGAUGCCGUCGAACGAGAGGCCCAGCUUGAGGAUGACAAGAGAGCGUCGACGAAAGGAAGUGCUCUCGACCGUAUCAUCAGUUUUGGCACGGAAGGGGGCCUUCUUGAGAUCGCUCCCGGUUUCUCACGAGGACUUAAAUUUUCGAGGAAGAAUAGUAAGAAAGAAAUCGAUUCAGCCACAGAUGUUGAGACUGCGCUCGAGAAUGAUGAUGUCGAGGCGAAGUUCAUUCACCGCAAAGGCCACGACGAUACAAAUGAUGAUGUCCGGACCAGUGGUCCCCAUUUCAAGAGAGUCACACCACCUGAGUCAGAUGAAGAUGAUCAAGACCUAGAAGCGCUACUGCCAAUUGAGUUUCCAGCGCUUGAGCCCCGUGGGCAAUUAUUGGCGUCCUCGACUCGGACGAGGGGACGAGAAUGGGCACACGUGGUGGAUGUCAACAAAGGCAUGGACAACUUUCACGAGCUGGUCCCGGAAAUGGCGAAAACAUGGGCUUUCGAGCUUGACACUUUUCAAAAGGAAGCAGUUUAUCACCUCGAGAGCGGCGACUCCGUAUUUGUUGCAGCUCACACCUCUGCAGGAAAGACUGUAGUGGCAGAAUAUGCUAUUGCAUUGGCGGCGAAGCAUAUGACGAAAGCCAUAUAUACGUCACCAAUCAAGGCUUUGAGCAAUCAAAAGUUUCGAGACUUUCGAGGGGUUUUCGACGAUGUCGGAAUACUAACGGGAGAUGUUCAGAUCUCACCAGAAGCGAGUUGUUUGAUCAUGACAACAGAAAUUCUCCGAAGCAUGUUGUAUCGGGGUGCAGAUCUUAUUCGUGAUGUCGAGUUUGUGAUAUUUGACGAAGUUCACUACGUCAACGAUCUUGAGAGAGGAGUAGUGUGGGAAGAGGUCAUUAUCAUGCUUCCAGAGCAUGUUACUCUAAUCCUGCUCUCCGCCACGGUACCUAAUACCCACGAGUUUGCAUCCUGGGUAGGCAGAACGAAGAAGAAGGACAUAUACGUGAUCUCUACACCGAAACGACCAGUACCUCUAGAACACUACCUAUGGGCAGGCAAGGAGAUGCACAAGAUCGUUGACUCUGAGAAGAGAUUUAUUGAAAAAGGCUGGAAAGCGGCAAAUGACAUCCUAUCUGGUCGAGAUAAGAUCAAAGAACAACAAGCUGCAGAGACCCAGCUACAGCCAAGAGGUGGAGCAGUUGUUGCUCGAGCAGGCCGAGGACAGUACAGCAGAGGAGGUAGCAAUCAACGCGGCGGUCAGCAACAACGGGGAAGUGGGCAGCAGAGAGGCCGAGGGCAGCCUGCCAAUCGAGGCCAGGGCAAUAUCGCGCGCACCGGUAGAGGAGGCGGCAGGACAAGUGCAGCCCAAGACCGUAACGUAUGGGUCCAUCUAGUCUCACAGCUGCGCAAGGAGAACCUGUUACCUUGCUGCAUUUUCGUCUUCUCGAAAAAGCGAUGCGAAGAAAACGCGGAUUCUCUAUCAAACCAGGACUUCUGCACAGCAGCCGAGAAGAGCGCGAUACACAUGAUCAUCGAGAAGUCGAUAGCGCGGCUCAAGGCGGAGGACCGCGUACUGCCACAAAUCCGAAGGCUUCGAGAACUGCUUGGCAGAGGCGUUGCGGUGCAUCAUGGUGGGCUCCUUCCUAUCAUCAAGGAGAUCGUCGAGAUUCUGUUCGCCAAAACUCUUGUAAAGGUUCUGUUUGCAACAGAGACGUUUGCAAUGGGCUUGAAUCUUCCGACCCGUACUGUCGUGUUCUCAGGCUAUCGUAAGCACGACGGACGAGAGUUUAGGAAUCUGCUACCAGGAGAAUACACGCAGAUGGCUGGUCGAGCAGGGCGACGUGGUCUAGACACUGUCGGAUCGGUCAUCAUUGUCACCUCUGGGAAAACCGAAGCGCCUCCUGCUGGUGAAUUGAGGCAGAUGAUUCUUGGAGACCCAACGAAACUUCGAUCCCAAUUCCGUUUGACAUACAACAUGAUUCUGAACCUGCUCCGUGUAGAGGCCUUGAAGAUUGAAGAGAUGAUCAAACGGAGUUUCAGCGAGAAUGCAACACAAGCAAUGCUUCCACAACAUGCUAAGCAGGUGGAACUUUCAGAGGCAAAUCUUAACAAGAUCAAGCGUGAGCCAUGCGGGAUAUGCGACCAGGACAUCGAAGCUUGUCAUCAGGCAGCCAUGAAUUUUGAAAAACUCACAACUGACCUACAUAUUAGUCUUCUAGCCUCCCCUGUGGGUAAAAGACUGUGGUCCAGUAGGAGGGUCAUAGUCUUCAAGAAGGACGGCACACGCACAGCAGGAAUCCUUCUUCGAGACGGACUCGUUGGUGGACCUCGACCCCAUCUGUCCGUCCUUGAGAUCCGCACACUAGAGGGCAGACGUUCGCCAUCAGAUCUGCUACCUUACUUACCCAGAUUCCGCUCAAUGUUCAGCGAAUUGCCAAAGAUAGCUGAAGAUGUGAAGUCGGCUGUAAUUAGCGUGGAUCUUGAAGAUGUGGAAUGUGUGACAGUCGCUGUCGUUAAGGUGCGAGGGCCACCCUGGUAUUUGCAGAUAAGGAAAGUUAUUGAUGAGGGUGACCAGAUUAACGUUACCGCCAUGCUGAAUUCGGAUCCAGUGCAAAAGAAGUUAGCGGAAGAAGAAUUCACAACUAGGUAUUGCGACUGGGGAGAUCCUGACUGGAAUGAGCUGGAGUGGGACAAGGUGAAAGAUCUGCAAGUCCGAGAACUCCUCACCGAGAGGCAGAAGUGGGCACAUAUUGCUCAGCAAGGGCAGUGCUUGAAAUGUCCUAACUUUCUCAAACAUUUCACGAUGCAACACGACGAGUGGCUCGUCAAGGAAAACAUUUUGGCCUUGAAACAGCUGAUGUCGGAUCAGAAUUUGCAACUCCUACCUGAUUACGAGCAGCGAAUCGAAGUUCUCAAAGACCUGGAUUUUAUUGACGAAGAAAGCCGAGUGCAGCUCAAAGGCAAAGUAGCUUGCGAGAUACAUUCAGCCGACGAACUAGUACUGACAGAGCUGAUACUGGAGAACGUGCUCGCGAAUUUCGAACCUGAGGAAAUCGUGGCUUUGUUGUCUGCAUUUGUGUUCCAGGAGAAGACCGACAUAGACCCUACGCUAACCAAAACUUUGGAGAAGGGCAAGCAGACUAUCGUUGCAAUCUCGGAGAAAGUCAAUCAGUACCAAAUACUGCACCAGGUGAUCCUCUCGAGUGAGGAUUCCAAUGACUUUGUCAGUCGACCACGUUUUGGGUUAGUUGAAGUGGUGUAUGAAUGGGCUCGAGGAAUGUCGUUCAAUCGUAUCACGGACUUGACCGACGUUAUGGAAGGAACCAUUGUCAGAGUAAUCACGAGAUUGGACGAAACCUGCAGGGAGGUGAAGAGUGCAGCAAAGCUGGUGGGAGAUCCGACGUUGUACACUAAGAUGCAACAGGCACAGGAAUUGAUCAAGCGGGAUGUCAUCUUUGCCGCCUCGUUGUAUAUGUAG